AUGCGGUCAAUUAUAAAAGAUAAUCGUUUGGAGCACAACUGUACUGCUCACUGCGAGAGGCAAUUCCCCCCCAAACGGCGGACAGAACCUAAAUGGAAGUACUUGUUAAAGAAACUGUACUAUUGUUUAUCCCUAGUGUCUGGUACCCACCCACAGUGCAAUUUGUACUUUGCAAGCAGUCACGCGUUCAGAGAGGAAAAACGAAGACACUACGACUCAAACCACUACUACAUUAUACAUCCGCUUAGCAAACUAGCUAUUUAUCACGAAAUGUACAUACUUGCUUUGUACGUCGUUGCCAUUUGGUUGAAAUUGCUAGACGUUGCCUUUAUCCGAAGAACAAACUAUUACCUCGGAACAUAUAGCGCAUUACCACAAGCGAUGAAUAUUUGUGACGGUCUCAGCUGGUUGAAUAUAAUGUUUAUGUUCUUCAUCGGUUUUGUUAUAUCGGAGAAUAGGCUGGUAGUUAUCGAACACGAAAGUAUCGUCUUUUUCCGUUUGAGAAGUUUGAUGUUUUGGGCGGAGCUACUCUCCUCGAUACCUAGAUAUACCUUGUGUGCAGGUCCUCUGCAAUGCAGCCACGUUUUUUGGAAUGUGCUCAAUUUCCUGUCACUCUUCAAAAUCGUACUCUUCGGAAAACUGAUAAGGGCGGUGAAGAUAUGCGCCCAAUAUUUCAAGAUUGAAAACACCGGUCUGAUUUCUCUCGUGCAGUUUUUUUUGAUAAUGGUACUAGUCACUCACCUCAUGUCUUGUUUAGAAUUCGGCGUGCCGCGAUUCAGGAAAAUUUUUACCGGAGAGUACCAUCCGAGUUCCUGGAUCCUUUACGACAAUUUACUGGAGAAGUCCCUCGUGAGGCAAUAUUUCUACGCAUUUUUUAAGACGGCCGCGCAGACAUUCGGAGUGCAUAUCGACGUUUAUAAAGAGUAUGCCACUUGGGAAGAGACCAUGGUCACGUUGGUCAAUUACUUUGUAGGAAAAAUUAUCCACAUCACCACUUGGGUGGCUCUUUUGUGUGCCAUCUUGUCAAAGGAUUUGCAGGAGGUGAAAUUUCAGGAAAUCAUUACGCAACUGCACGAGUACAUGAAGCACAAGCAGCUCCCGGAUAACCUAAGGCACAGGAUCGUGGGGUACUACAACUUCAAGUAUCAGCGGAAGUUUUUCAAUCAGCGAAACAUAUUGGACCUACUUCCAGAGAGUUUGAGGUUCAAAGUCAACAUAGAUAAGAGCAGGACGAUAAAAUCGAGCAAGCUGCCUCUCUUUAACGCAUUUAGCGAAGACACCUUGCAAGAAAUCGUUUCCUAUUUCGUAUCUGAAAUUUACUCGGCGAAUGACGUAAUUAUUAUGUCCGGAUCUAUUGGUCAUUGUCUAUAUAUAAUAGCUUCCGGAACAGUCGCGCUCUACACCCACUCCGGAAAAGAAGUAUGCCACUUGCAGGACGGCGCAUACUUUGGUGAGCUGUCGCUUAUUUUGAAAAAUCAAAAGUGCACCUCAACUAUUAUUGCUAUCGAGACUAGCAAAGUGUAUAGAUUGGAAAGAAAAUAUUUUGAACGGUACAUGGUAACAAACAAGGAGCUGUAUGCUGCCAUUCUUAAGCAGGCCGAAGAAAGACUAAAGAUGAUCACGGAGGUGGAAGAAGAAUAUCGCAGAUAUUUGUUUGAACGGACCUACACGGGAACGCAGCUAUGACAGUAUUGUAUUUGUGCCUCUAAAAUCAU